AUGGCCUCCAUAGCUACAACACUUGGCGAGGCGUUGCCCAUUGCCCAAGAAACAUCGACGUCUCUGCGUGUAAGGAGCCGAUAUCGCUCUCACGCCAUUUUCAAGUACGGAGCCCGUCUCAGGACAUGCCAAAGACAUCCUAGGAUUUGUCUUGCAAAAGGCAGUCCGGGGCGAAACUGUUGUAAGAACAGAUGCGUCGAGGUGAGGAGCGACAGAUACAACUGCGGAAGAUGCGGGAAGAGAUGCCGGUACUCGGAGAUUUGUUGCAACGGCAAGUGCGUGAAUCCGAUGUUUCAUAGGAAUCACUGUGGGGGUUGCUUCAACGGCUGCAGCAGAGGGAGCUCUUGCUUCUAUGGGAUGUGUGGCUACGCAUAA